CAGCGAGCAUCACAAUUUGAACACAACGUAUCAUAAUUGUUUUUUUAAUUUACUCAAAUGGCUGCCAUAGAAAAAUCUUGCAGUAACAUAACAAAAGGCUUAUUAAAAAAUGGCAGUACAAAUGAUGAAGCCUCCGAAGUUAAGUUCCUUCCCAGUGUCAAGCAGUCAUUAAAAAAUAUUGUCGCAAAAGAAGGUUUUACAUCGCACGAAAUAUCCCAAAAACUUAUAUCUAGUAAUGGCAGCAAUUACUUGGGGGAUCUAUACGAGGUUGAAAUAAAAGGUAAAACGAAAGAUGGACCCAAAGAAAUACACAUUUUUCUUAAACAAGUCAUUUCGGACGAAGGUAUUUUAAAAUCUAUUGUCAAUGUUGAAACUUGUUAUUCAAGUGAAGUAUUAGUAUAUACUGAAUUGGUUGAUAUUUUUAGUACACUACAAGAUAAUGUAAAUGUACCGGAAGGAGAGAGAUUCAAAAUUGUGAAAAGUUAUGAAUGCGUUUCAGAAGCAAUAUUUCUUGAAAACAUUGCUAAAAAAGGAUUCAAAACUCUGAAUCGAAUGGAUGUAAUGCCUUUAAAAUUUGCUGAACUAUCAAUCGCACAGCUUGCCAAAUUACAUGGACUAACUUUCGUACUAAAGCAUAAAAGACCAGAUUACUUUGAAAAGAAAAUUAAAUCACUAGAACCUUCAGUGGUUUUCGAUGAUAUUAUUGGGUGGAAGAAUUAUGCACAAAAAAUGUUUGAAAUUACAACUAAUCAUUUCGAUAGAGGCACAAAAGAGAAAAUAGAUUAUUUUCUACAACAUUCAUUUUAUAACAAAUUUCCAAAAUACUCCAAAGGUGAAACUGGAUCAGUUAAAUGCAUGUGUCAUGGAGAUUUUAGGAUAAGUAAUAUCAUGGUCAAAGAAAUCGCUGACGAAGAAAAAGAGGUCGUACUAAUCGACUACCAAUUUUUAUUCUACGGAUCACCACUGGUAGAUUUUUUUUAUUUUCUUUACACUGGAACUGACCGUGAAUUCAGAAAGGCUCACAUGAAUAACUUGAAAGAUUUAUAUCACAAUAAAUUGACUGAAUUUCUUAAGUAUUUUCACUUAGAUAUAAACGAUAUAUAUGCGAAGAAAGACUUUGAAAAAGAUUUUAAGGAUUCGUUAGAUUUUGGGCUUAUGGUAUCGUUGUAUGUUUCUCCUAUAAUAUUUAUAGUAGUAGAACAAGAAGUUCCAUAUUGUGGUAAAAAUACGGUUAAUGAUGUGCCUUUCAAAAUGGAUGACAGAUACAAAGAGAGAGUUACUGAAGUUGUUGAAGAGUAUAUGGAAUGGGGAAUAUUAAAGUAAUUCUAGUAAAUAGUAAUAAUUUUAAUAGUUUUUCAACUGUUAAGUAAGUUAGGUUAAGUUAAGUUUUAUAAAAUAUGAUUAGUAAAUAAAAAGUUUUACAUACUUUCAUGUUUUUUAUCAAAAAUUUUUUUUCACUGCAAUGUUUGAAAUAUAAAAAGUAUGAAUAGAAAUGAAAUAGAGAAUAUUGUGCUAUUUAAAAAUAUGCGUUUAAAGUAUAAAGUAAGUAAAGUACAUAGUAAGUUUUAAGUAGUUGUAGAGUCAUGCAAUAAAAUAUAAUAUUGUAAAAAUAAAAUUACCAAGUUUGCAAUUGUAAUAAUAAAAUUGGGAAGCAUAAAUAAUGUAGUCGUCUCUGUCUGACUCACAAGUUUUUAUGUGGUCGAAAAAAGUACAAAGUAUUUUUAUCGGUUCGAUAAACGAGCAUGAAAUCAUGAGUCACAUACAAGUAAGGCCACUCGUGUAGUUAUAAUAUGAAUAGAUAAAAUAAACUGAGCAUACAUACACAUACAGAUUAUAAA